AGUAAACAUAAUCUUAUCCUCAAUAUUGAAUUUGAUUUUCAUAGUCAAGAUUCUCUUAUCACUAAUAAUAUCCUAACAAUUAACUAAAUCACAUCUAUAAAAAUGCCUGCUGGAUUUCCUGCUUUCCCAGCUUCUCGUAUGUCUCAUAUUCUUUUCCCAGUCCAUCCAAUCAUCUAACAACCCCAGGUUUCCCCAACGAAAAACCUCCCACCUCCUUCCACCCCUCCUCCCCCAGAUCCCAAAAAGUAACACCCGUGUCCUAUUCCACCUCCAGAUCCUACACUGUCAAAUCUUCCUCUCCAAAAGCAUCCAUGGACACCUCUUCCACAUAUCCCGCAAACGACACUUCUUCGCUCUACAGCACCGCCUCCACCAUUUCCCUUCUAAAACAUCCAGUCGGUACCCUCAAAGCUAAGCUUUCCCGUAAGGAACAUUCAAAAGGUGGAGAAGUCAACUCGUACAAGAAAUCUCCAACUGCCUCUUCUAUGCGCAGGAAUUCGAGUGAGAAGUCACGUACGUUUCAUUCCAAAGCUUGAUUUGAUGUAAUAUGGAUAAGAGAAAAAGAAGGCUGAUUCGAUUGGAUUGAUAGCGAGGCAAUCGCUGACCGAGACAUAUCUAAUCAUGGCUAUGAGAUAAACAUAGUCGGUGGUUGAUUUCUCCUUUCUUUGAAUGGUGUUUUCCAUGCGGAACCUUGGGCUUUGGACUUUUAUGACCAUGAUGAGACAUCUUUCGGCGGGUUUUUGGAGGAGUUUCCUAGUGGGCGACAUACUAGAAGAUUUUGAUUUUAAUAACAAGGAACUUUUGAAACAAUACCUUCCCGAUGGAAGUG